AUGAACUCAGAUUAUUUAAAUCCAUCGACUGUUGUCGUACCACUCGACUCUAUCUCAGCUGAGCUUCCGCUUUAUUCUGAAUCACUCGAAGUCAUUGCACAACCUUGCUACACUUCUAAAUUACGCUAUCGUUCCGAUUAUGUAAAUAAAACAAAACGUCGUGGAGUUCUUCAUAGUAUAAAUAAUCCAAAUUAUCAAAGUCCGACUAUUCGUAUUCCACAACAAUAUCUUAAUGUUAAUGAGCAAUACUCUAUUCGUAUUUGUCUUGUAACCGUUAUACAUGAGAUAACACAUCGUCGUUAUAUACAUCCAUAUGAUCUUGAAGCUAUUGAUAAUGAAGAUCACAAUGAUCGAAAUCAUAGAGCUGUUUGGUUUCCCAUUCAAAAGGAAGAUAUUGGUGGAAUUAAAAGCUUUCCAAAUUUACGCAUCGUGAAAAAAAAAGCCGACGAUCUGAAAAAUCUUGGUAAUUUUCUUGCGUUUGAUUCUCUUGACGAAGAUUCUAGUCCACAAUUAUCAUCUGCAAAAGAUACAAUUAAAGAGUUUAAUCUUGAAAAAGCUCAAUUAGCUUUUACCAUUGGAAAGAAAACAAUAGAGGAUAACAAUAUUACAUAUAUUGUAUGUAGUCAAACAACAGUCUUUUCAGAAGAAAUGACUGAAAAUAUUAGAGAAUCAGAUCUUGUUAAUGCACCUACUGAAUCGACCAUUGUAAGACCUCAUUCAUUAAUCUCAUCUGAUUGUCGUAUGUAUAAAUACGCACCACGAAGUGGUUUCACAGAUACUAAUGAUGAAAUUCUCAUCUUUUAUACAAAUAAACUGAAACCUAGCAAAUAUGGAGAAUUACAAGUUACAUUUGAAUUUGAUGGGCCUACUGAUCAUUGGUCAGCAUCUGUUCUUGAACUUGAAGUGAAAGACCAAAUGGUGUCAUUUCGAACACCAUACUUUCCAUUUUCCAUCGACAAAACUACAACUGUCAAUAUAAUAUUAAAACAAGAAAAAACACUUUUAGAACCAUUGACAUUCGACUAUAUUCCAAGAGUACAUUGUCCAAAAUGUCAAGGCAAUCCGAUGGGAAAUCCAAACUCAAUUGUACAAAAUAAUCCAAAUAAACGUGAUAUUUCUGUUCUAUAUAGCGAUAAUGAAGAAACCGACGAUGUUCCCUUGAAAUCGAUCUACUUUAUUUCAGCUGCUCUACCACCGACUAAUGGGGAUCCAACUCAACGACUCAUAUAUAUACUUUCAGAUUGUAUCGUAACAUUAUUUACUGAUAACAAUUCUGAACUAUUUUUACGCUUCUGUCGGCCAUUUAUUGUAAAACGUCCUGAAUUACUUCAUAUUGCUAUUAAGAAUAAUUAUUCUGAUCUUCCAUCAAAAUUUAUUUCUGUUGCUAAGAUUAAUUUACUUCAACAGAAGAAUGAGUUCGGUGAAACAGUACUGUUACACGCUGCACGUCUCAAUGGUAUAGAUAUUGUAAAAGCUAUACUAGAAAAACAAGACUCUGAUAAACUUCUUGAAGAUGUUAAUAGUAGAGGACAGAAUAUUUUUCAUAUUCUUGCAAUGAAUACAAAUUCUCAAGAAAUCCUCGAUCUACUCAUUGAACAUCUUCUGAAAAAAUCAAUCAAUAUAUUAGAAAAGUUUGAUUAUGUCGAUGAUGAUAAAUAUACGCCGUUGAAAUUAUCUAUUUUAAACAAUAAUCUUUCAGUAACAGAUUAUUUUUUGCAACUUUCCCCUGGCUCAAUCAUAUGA